CCUUGAAAGGCAGGGAGCCCGCAAAAAUUGGUGAACUUGUACCAGUCCAACAACAGACGUUGAAGUCAGCAGAAGAGGCGUCCUUUCAGCCGCUCCAUUUCCUGCUCUCAGGACGUUGUCAGAGAUUGUGACCAUUUUUGGAGGGCUGCGAGUCAGGAGAUGCUAAACCUGCCUUUGCUGCCGACCCCCUUUUGUAGGAGAAGUGGAGGUUUCAGUCACCCUUUACACCCUGCCGUUUGGCACGUUGCCUUUUGCUGUCUUGGCAUGCUGCAGUAAGUUUAGAAACUACUAGUGGAAAGAAUGGCAUCUCCGGCCGAGGAGCAGGCUGCCUCUGAGGAGGAGCACCCGGCGACCAGCGAGCUGCUAUCUGUGGGAUUCAACCAGGACUAUGGCUGCUUUGCCUGCGGCACCGACUCGGGGUUUAGAAUAUAUAACUGUGACCCUUUCAAAGAGACGUUUCGGCGGGAAUUCAACAAUGGCGGCAUCGGCCUGGUCGAAAUGCUCUUCCGCUGCAACAUCCUGGCCAUUGUAGGUGGGGGCAAGAACCCUCGCUACCCCCCCAAUAAGGUCAUGAUUUGGGAUGACCACCAGAGCCGGUGCAUAGGCGAGCUGGCUUUCAGGAGCGAGGUGCGCGCCGUCAGGCUCAGAAGGGACCGUAUCGUGGUCGUCUUGGAACACAAGAUAUACGUGUACAACUUUGCAGACCUGAAGCUGCUGCACCAGAUUGAGACCAUUGCAAACCCCAAGGGCCUCUGUGCGCUCUCCCCCGCCUCUAACAGCACAGUCCUGGCGUGCCCUGGCCUUCACAGGGGUCAAGUGAGGGUAGAGCUGUAUGACCAGAAGAAGACGAGGUUUAUUGCGGCGCAUGAGUCUGCACUAGCGUGCUUUGCCCUCACACUGGAUGGGACGAAGCUGGCGACCGCCAGCUCAAAGGGCACGCUCGUGCGUCUUUUCAGCACUGCAGACGGCAGCAAGUUGCAAGAGUUCCGGCGUGGGGCAGAUCGAGCUGAGAUCUACAGUCUCGCUUUCUCCCCUGACGCCCGCUGGCUCGCGGUUUCGAGCGACAAGGGCACCAUCCACGUCUUUGCGAUCGGACGGCCCGACGACGCUUCUGCUGACGGGUCCGCUGCUGCCUCCACGAGUCCAAACUCCAACGGAGGGAAUGGAGGAAAUGGUGGUUACGUCAACGGUGGAGCCCAAGCGAACGGGCCCGUGCGCAACUCGAUGUCGUCGUUGGCUCUCUUGAAAGGCGUGCUCCCCAAGUACUUCAGCUCCGAGUGGUCCCUGGCGCAGUACCACCUGCCGGAGGAGGCCAAGUCGAUCGUGGCGUUCGGGCCGCAAAAGCACACGCUCAUCAUCGUUGGAGCGGACGGCAGUUUCCACAAAGUUUCGUUUGAGCCCACCGCAGGCGGCGAGUGCGCACAGCUGGAGUACAAAAAGUUCAUGAAGCCGGAUGAAGAUGAAUCGAGCUAGAUGUUGAUCACGUUCCCGCUGUGCUGCUUCCUUGUGAGUAUUGUAUGACUUGUAAAUACAACGACUUGUACAUUCUUGCUGCUCACGGUCGUUAUACAUUUCGCGGGCUUUUCAAUGUUCUGAUCUUGGAUGCUUGUACCUCAAUGGUGGUUUCUGGAGCGAAACCCUCAGCUAGGCUGCUUCCGGAUACUGUAGCCUUUCUUUUCCAGAUCAUGAUUUGUCAAAGGGGGACUUGCUUGCGAGCCUGGACAUUGUGCAUCAGAUACCCGUAUCCGAUUGAUUUGUUGACAGGGUGGAACACUAAAAUGGGGCUGCGGCCUUGACAGACC